UUUGAGUACACUGUAACAUGUGGACUUUGUACAAGAACUGGGGAGCAGAAUUUACAAAUACUCAAAAAAUUCUCACAGAGAGUGUAUCCGAGUCCAAGCAAAAGAUCUAUGGACAGUAAAGGCACACAUGAAGAAAUCACCUACCCAAAUAUAUUUUUUACUGUUGAUGAUUUUGAGGAGGUUUUCCAAGACCUAAUAGUAAGAGAUAGUGAAAGUGUUGCAGUGGAAUUGACGGCACGAGAUAAGCAGGGCCACUUUGCUGGUGUACUCUUCCUUGGCUCAGUGAAAUAUGAUGCCCUGAAAAGAGUCUAUGAUAGCAGAGCCAGCCUAACACAAAAACUGACUCAACGGAUGUCAAUGGGUUUGAUAAAAAACAAGAAGCGUGUAGAAUUUAUGAAAAUGAGGGGUCCAAGAGGCAAAGGCUGUGCAGAAAUGGCUGUCAGUAGAGUCAAGGGAUCCGGUCCUGAGACACCAGACCUGGAAAAUUUCCCAGUUACAGAUUUUGAAAAUGGAGACACAGAGGAUCAGUAUUCCCAUCGUAGAAUGAGUGAUCCUAGCCAGGGCAUCACUAACUAUAUGCGUGGCAGUUUUCGCCGUGCUCUCAAUAUGAAAAAAUCUCGCUCUGAAACAGAAGGCGUUGAUGCAGCUACCGAUGAGGAUGGCUCCGAGGUGGAGGCAGGUACAUUACAAGAUGAACUAGCAGACAGUGAACAGUACAAUGGAUUUUGGGGCAAAUCAUUUGGGCAGGCCUGGCAUUGGUUUAAGGAGAAGAAGAGAGCCUCAUGUAUAGCCUUGAAUGCCAAUCUGACCUAUGUGAUGUUACCCUGGCACAGAAUCAUUGCAGAUAUUUUAGAAGAGAAACAGAAACCUGUUCUAACUCACUGA